GGUGGCUCUCAUCCCCAGCAGCCGGCCGGGGAGGUGGAGAUCGGGUACCAAACCAGGCAGGUGCGCUGUGUGCGGAGCGAUGGGAAGCACGUGGAGCUCAGCCUCUGCCUGCCAGACCCCGCGAGCCCCGUGACCUCCAGGUCCUGUGUCGUCCCCAAGGACUGCGCCACGUCCGAGUGGUCGCCGUGGAGCCGCUGCUGGCGCAGCUGUGGCUGGGGCAGCGUGGCCGCGGGGCUGCGCAGCCGGCGCCGCCGCGUGCGGAGCGUGCCCGUGGGCGCUGGGGCGCCCUGUCCUGAGCUGGAGGAGAGGGAGGCCUGCUCUGCAGGAGGGAAGGCACCGCUGCAGCCCUGCCCCAGGUUUGCCUGGAGGACUUCUGAAUGGAAAGCUUGCCAAGUGUCUCUGCUCCUUGACCAGCAGGAGCCUCAGCAGCAGAAGCAGGCAGGGCUCUGUGGAGGUGGGAUCCAGACACGGGUGGUGUACUGCGCCCAGAUCGUCGUGGAGCUGGGGACACACCGGCCCAAGGAGGGCUUUAGGAUGAGGCAGAGGCAGGUGGUGGUGGAUCCGGUGGGCGCCCUGGCGGGCUGUCCUCAUUUGGCGGAGUCCAUCCCGUGUGAGGACGCGCGGUGCCACGAGUGGGAGGUGUCGGAGGGAGCCUGUGUGACCGACCACGGGCACUGUGGGCCUGGGCACCGUGUUCUCAAGGCUGUCUGCAGGAGCAGGAAAGGUGAAGAAGUUGCACAUCACCUCUGCUCAGAGCUUCCCCAUCCCGAGGUGGUGGCUUGUGAAGUCCCUUGUGCCAGGGACUGUGUGCUCAGCGAGUGGUCCCCGUGGUCCCCCUGCUCCCACUCCUGCUCCAGCAGAAAUGCCGAGGGCACUCAGAGCAGGAGCAGGUCCAUCGUGGCCCUUCCAGCCGAGGGUGGGAAGGGCUGUCCCCCUGAGCGAGCCCUGCGGGAGCAGCGUGCCUGCAACGAGCACCCGUGUGUGCAUUUCUUCUGGGACGUGUCCCCCUGGAGCUCCUGCUCCGAGGACGUGCUGGGCACUGCCCUCAACGCCACCUCCAGCUGGAGCGGGGAGCCCGCCUGUGGGGUGGGCAUCCAGACCAGGAGAGUCUUCUGCAGGAAGAGCAGCUCUGGCCAGGUCACUCCCAAAAGGUGUCCGGAGUCCAUCCGGCCCGAGGCGGUGCGGCCGUGUCUCCUGCCCUGCAGGAAGGACUGUGUUGUGACCCUGUUCAGUGAGUGGACACCCUGCCCCACAGCCUGUCAGCCUGGCAAUGCCACUGCAGUUAGGCAGUCCCGGUACAGGAUUAUCCUUCAGGAUUCUACCAAUGGGGGACAGCCAUGUCCAGACACCUUGUAUGAGGAAAGAGAAUGUGAAGAUGUUCCCAUCUGUCCAGUGUAUAGGUGGAAGAGCCACCGCUGGAGCCCCUGUGUGCUGGUGCCGGCCUCGGUGCGCCAGGGCCCGCCGGGGCAGAGCGAGGCGUGCGGGCACGGCCUGCAGUCCAGGGCUGUGACGUGCCUGUCGGCGCAGGGCGACGCUGCCGCCGUCGGGGACUGCGUGCGGUGGGCAGGAGCGAUGCCAGCCCUGGUCCAGGAGUGCCACAUUCCCUGCAAGGAUGACUGCACUUUCACCCCCUGGUCUAAAUUCACAGCCUGCUCCUCUGACUGUGACACAGCCAGGAGCAGGAGGCGCUCGCUCACAGGGCGAAGCAGAAAGCGCGACAAAUGCCAGAACACGGAACUUUAUCCUCAAGUUGAGACGGAGCCGUGCCCCUGCGAGGCGUUCACCCCCCAGCCCCAUGGGAAUUGGUCUGACUGCAUUAUCCAAGGGGCUCCAGCCGAGCUGCAGCUGGGAAUGCCGGCCCAGGGAGCGGCCAGGGAGUGUGGCCAGGGCGUGCGGCUGCGAGCCAUCGCCUGCUACGACAGGAGCGGCAGACUGGUGGAGCCAUCUCUCUGUAGCACUUCGGGUUACAUUGAAGAGCCUUGCACGGUCCCAUGCCCGUUUGAUUGCAGAUUAAGCGAUUGGUCCAGUUGGUCUCCUUGCAGCUCCUCCUGUGGACCGGGGGUCAGAGUCCGAUCCAAGUGGCUCAAGGAGAAGCCCUACAAUGGAGGUCGUCCCUGCCCCAAGCUGGACCUCAAGAACCAGGCUCAGGUACACGAGGCAGUCCCAUGCUACAGUGAGUGCAAUCAGUAUUCCUGGGAAGUAGGACCAUGGUCUCCAUGCAAAAUCAGCAGCGAAGAGAAUUCCCUCCACUGUGGAGAAGGAAUACAAACGAGAGAAGUCAGGUGUGUGAGCACUGCUGAGGACCACGGUGUGGAGACUGUGCCCAACGCUCUGUGCAGUCAGGCUGAGGUCCCAGAGGCAGUGCAGAAGUGUACCUUGUACUGUCCCAGUGAGUGUGCAGUGUCUGACUGGGGACAGUGGAGCCCGUGUCCGCAGGUGUGUGACCCCAAUAUUAUGCAAACCCGAACCCGACAAGUGCUGAGGUCUCCUGUCAGUUCAAAGCCCUGCCCUGAAGUUUCACAAAUGAAGCCAUGCAUUCUUAAUCAAAAUUGCUUCCAAUACCAGUACAACCUAACAGGCUGGAGCGGGUGCCAGCUGGGUGCCAAUGCCACCUGCGGUCAGGGCGAGCGCCGCCGCCUCCUGAGCUGCCGGCGCAGCGACGGCGCCACGGUCGGCAUGCAGCUGUGCCAGAAGCUGCACCUGGAGCAGCCCGUGCCCACAAGCAGCCGGUGCGUGGUGCCGUGUGCCGUGGACUGCCAGCUCUCGCCGUGGUCAGCCUGGUCGCAGUGCUCCCACACGUGUGGCGCCGGCGGCCAGAUGGUGCGUGGGCGCUCGGUGGUGCUGCGGGCGGCGGGCGAGGGCAGGCCCUGCCCGGAGCAGCUCACCCAGCACAGGAGCUGCCCAGUGAAGCCCUGCUACAGCUGGCUGCUGGGGCCCUGGUCUCCCUGCACGCUCCAGGGUGGACAGUGUGGAGAUGGAUUGCAAGUCCGCAACCUCACGUGUGUAGUGCAUGAUGCAUCAGUUUCUGCUACAUCCAAACCAGUAGAAAAUGCAUUAUGUGGUGAGCUACCAUCAAAAGAAAGUGUGCUGCAGUUACCCUGCUCUGUGCCUUGCCCAGGCGACUGCCACCUGACAGAGUGGUCAGAGUGGAGCUCCUGUGAGCUCACCUGCAUCAGUGGCAGGAGCUUUGAGCCCGCCGGGCGCCAGUCUCGAUCCAGGGCCUUCAUGGUGCAGGCUGCAGAGAGCCGGGAGAGCUGCUCGGGACAGGAGGUGGAGACACGGCCCUGCUCAGGAGGGAAGUGUUACGACUACCUGUGGCAGAGCAGCCCUUGGCGGGACAACGUGCGCACGGUGUGGUGCCAGCGCUCGGACGGAAUCAAUGUCACAGGAGGGUGUCCUCUUCGGACAAAACCUGCCGAGGUCCGGCACUGCAGCCCGCCGUGCAGAAAACCCUUCUCCUACUGCACACAGGGAGGAGUGUGUGGCUGUGAGCGGGGAUACACAGAAGUAAUGAGAUCAAAUGGGCUCCUGGAUUACUGCGUGAAGGUACCAGGUUUAGAAGAUAAGAAAGCUGAUGUUAAGACCAUCGCCGGAAAAAAUAAACCUGUCAACUCCAAAAUGCAUGACAUUUUCAAAGGAUGGUCUAUUCAACCUUUUAAUCCAGAUGGUAAACUGAAGAUAUGGGUAUAUGGAGUAUCAGCUGGAGGGUUCUUCAUCAUAAUUUUCCUAAUUUUUACAUCCUACCUGAUGUGCAAAAAAACGAAGCAGCAUCAAAGCCCUCCACCCCAGCAGAAGCCUCUAACCCUGGCCUAUGAUGGAGACAUUGAUAUGUAACAUAAACAAAAAAUCCAAAUGUAGACAUCAACUGCCUUAAAUGCUUUCUUUUUUGGAACUCUCCGACUUCUCAGUUUUUUGAGGAAUCUCCUGAUGUAUAAUAUCCUGGGCAGGACAGAAGUAUUGCAAGCUGAAAAUUUUGCCACCUCUUUAUUAAAGAAAAAAAAUGGAGUAAAAAACUUGGAUCUUGUGAAACUUUUCUGAAGAGAACAGCAGCUACAUCCCUUCCUGUUGAACAAUGGGAAUAACAAAAAAAGAAAGAGAGAAUCUACAGACAUCAAAAGGAAUUAGUUGAAAAAAAAGGCAUGACAAUCCCAAGGAAAUUGUGACAUUUACUGUAAAUGACAAGUUUGACACAGCAUCAUUAUGCACUAUAUUAGUGCAGGGUUCUUUAUUCUUCACAUACUUCAACAAUGAGUUUUCUAGUGUUUACAUUUCGUUCAAAGACUUUAAAACCAGAUCAUGUAUUUUGAGAAAUGCAAGGAAGAAUGAGUUGAAGUGUCUGAAGCUAUCAGGUUUUUUAAAGUUUCUUCCUUCUUAUCCUGUUUUCUAGUCUGGAAUAUGAUUUUGCUUCAUUUCCACCUACAGGACAGAAUAAGGAUCGUUAUGAAAAAGCAUAGGUGGUUUCUUAACCAAGAAUAUUUUCUAAAGAGCUGAGUAGAUAGGUGUUUUGAUGAAUGGCUAGAGGAUUUGAUUGUUUAAAAAGGAUUUUAAAUUAAAUUAAACCAUGUAGAUACAUUAUGGCCAGUUUAAAUUGUUAUUCAGUUUAAUUAAAACAAACUCUGCUUUUGUAUUUAAAUUUUCUUAUCUGAAAUAUUUAUAAAUUCCUUUUUUUGAAUUUAAUUACCUGACCUCAUUUAAUAUACAUCAAACACAAAUGCAGUUUGUAGAAGGUCUUGCUUUUUUAAAUGUUUCAGAACCACUGAGAAGUUACAUGUAAAAUUCUGGGAACAUUUGAAGAGGGUAAGUGUUUAUAAUAGUGUGUGUUGCAAGUAAGAAAGUGCCAUCUUGUGGUAUUGACUUGUAUUUAUAAGCAAAUAAAAUGCUAAAGAGAGUGAGAAAAUUGCUUCUGGUAUGUUGAAUUAAAUGUGUGUAAACGA